AUGGCGAGAACAAAGCAAACUGCUCGCAAAUCAACCGGAGGAAAAGCACCAAGAAAGCAACUGGCAACUAAGGCCGCCCGAAAAUCCGCUCCGGUGACUGGAGGUGUGAAGAAGCCGCACAGAUUCAGGCCAGGGACUGUUGCCCUAAGAGAGAUCCGUAAGUACCAGAAGAGUACAGAGCUGUUGAUCCGCAAGCUCCCAUUUCAGAGACUUGUUAGAGAAAUUGCUCAAGAUUUCAAGACAGAUUUGAGGUUCCAGAGCAGUGCUGUUGCUGCACUUCAAGAGGUAUCGGAGGCUUACUUGGUGGGUUUGUUUGAAGAUACUAAUUUGUGUGCGAUUCAUGCUAAGAGGGUUACAAUUAUGCCUAAAGAUAUGCAAUUGGCUAGGAGGAUUAGAGCCGUCAUCUCCUCGCCACCAUCGAAGAAUCACCGGAGUAAGCACCUUGUUCCGUCGCCAGUGAAGACGAAGAGUCACGAGGAGAUCGGAAAGCUCGGUUCAUGGGUACCGUUGUUGUUCGCAUUUAGGUUGCACACACUCUCUUCUUGUUUCUUCUGUUGCUGCCUUAACCCACGCCCGCUGCCAUUUCAUUGUUGUCGUCUCCGACCAUUGCUUGUCGCCGAGAAGGUGCCGUAUAUCGCUAGGACCAUCAUGGGAACCACCAUGGUAGCCUGCCAUGGUGGUUGUUAUCUUGUUGUCACCAUGAAGGUUCACUGUUCUACCACCACCAACCGUCGUGUGGUGGUGGCUGUGUGUGUUUUUUGGUGUAUUGUAUGUAAUUCUGCUAUGUGUGUUUCUUUCAGUGAAGUGAUGUUUGGUGUUGUUUGGCCGAAGUUCACAAGAAAAGCCACCACCACCACCACUGUGAGGUGGUGGCUGCCGCCAUAUACCACUGCCGGCCACCACAAGGGUGGUCGUGAAACCCUAAUCCUAAUCACAUGCUUCAGCCACUACCCUUAUACCCCUACCUCCGGCUACCGCUGCCUCCUAGCCACUAUUGAAGCCAGAAACCACCAAAGCCAAGCUAUCGGUGCAACUGCUGACAGUAACGAAGAGCAUCGUGUUGAUGCCGAAUCAGUGGGUUGUCGUAACCAUGAAUCAUUGGCGUUGCUAUCGUUCUUCAGUGGAGGUGCAACCCCUGGUUCCCGUUGCAACCACCCUUCUCCUUCCAAUUUCAUUCCGUUCCAUAGCAACUUGCUCGUGACUAACCGCCACACGCCACCAACCAUUGUGUUAGGUGGCUAUGUGUGUGAACUCUUAUGUGUAUGGACGUUUUCUUCAUUGGUUGAUGUAUUGCAACCUUGUGGUCGAAUUUUAACUCAAAAACCACCACCACCGCCGUGGGGUGGUGGCUGCCACCGUGAACCACCAUCAACCACCAUCGCCUGA